AGAUUAUACUGCUCUGUUUUCAUACAUUAUUUUUACAGGUGCAUGAACAGAUGGAUUGUGGUAUGGAGGCCAAGAAAAGAAGAGCAGCCAUGGGUUCACAAGUAUUGUUUUACAAAUGCUCAAAAACAAGAAAGAAAAAGUGCAAUUGAAACAGGGUUGGAUAGAAGAAGUCGAGACUUGCUAAGGAAGUGCCGGCCAUGUAGAAUCAAAAUAAAGAGGCUACAGAAGAAUUUGCUUGACUGCUAUAGAAGACUAGGACAACCUACAGCUCUUUAUAUUAACCAGGCAGAUGAAAUUCAGAGUAUGACAGAGCAACAGACUCCAUUUGUAAAUAGUGUUUCUGAAGAGCCUUGGCUGGAGCAGUGCACAUUACCAAGGACUGAAGUGAAUAUAGGGGCUUCAUCAUCCUUUGUAGCUGCAUGCUCAAACCCUCUGGCAUCUACUUCAAGUCAGUUACCUAGAAAUACACUUUUUCAAGAUGGAAGUAGAGUAACUCUUAGACAACCAGACAAUUGUUUGCAGUAUGCAGAUUCUCAUAGAUAUGCUUUUACAUAUGGAGACAGGUUUCCUCAUGGUAGGGAAGAAAAUGAACAGCAGGCUGUUCAUCAGGGACCUGAUAUCUUUUUAUCUCAUCAGCCCAAAGGAAGAUGGAAUCAAGACCUUCAAUUUUUGUAUCAGGAUACUGAUAACAUGGCCAUAGUACAUGGAUCUCAUUCCCAUCAAAAUAAGGAUUUACAGGAAGUGAAACCAGCAAAAAUUAAUUCCUCUGUUCUACAAGACUUAUGUGAUGUUAAGACAAAAAGUAAAAAAGUGGUCAAGGAUUUAAGUGAUGAGUGGUGUAAUUCUAAUUCUGAAGUACAGGUAGUGAAAAUAUUUAAAAAUAAUGAAUCUAAAUUUAGCACUGACUCUAGAUUCCAAAAUACUAAUGUUCAUCCAGUUACCAAAACUGGAGUUAUGCAAACUGUUAGAUCAGGUGUUGUGUCCGUGCCUCAUAUAUUUGAAAAUAGUAAGGAUUCUUUAUCUAUAAAUAGUGCAAGUGUUAGUAUUUCUAGAACUAAUACACCCAUUGAAAUAAUUGAUCUCUCAAGUGAUGAUGAUGAAUCUGGUAAGAGUAGAAGGCAGAAUGAAGCAGAUAAUGCACCACAACAGCUGAAUGGUUUAAAUUGUUACCCUCAUUCUGGUGCAAAAAUACCAUUUUCUUCCAAACAUUCCCUGCCAAAAAAUGGGAAUAGCCAUUGGUCGUCAAAACAAGAGUCCCACUGUGGAGCAGGACGCCUAGGGGACUUGGCGAUCAAUGGCCAGCCUCCAAAUGUCCCGCCCAACUUAUCCAUUUCUCCCGUCCCAGAUAGUGCGUUCCUACCUUUAGCUGCUCCACCUGUAGUUUCUGGUGAGUCAGGAAUGAAGCCCAACAGCCGCAAACGGAAACAUGAAAGCCUUACUGCUAAUGAUAGAAAAAUAUUGAUAUUAGAUACUUCUCAUAAAUAUGCCAAUUCACACCCCAACUCUAAAACAGAAUAUGAGAAAGUAAGGAAUGAAAAUGUAGAAGCCCAACAAAGCUCCCAAUUUAGAAUGUGCACACAAAAAGGCUUUCCUGUUAUUCAUGGAGAAGAAGCAAUAGUUCCAGAGGUAUUGGAUGGAGAGUACUUCUUCAGACAUGAAGACACCAUAGAUCAGGGAUCGCAUGGAUUAAUAAUUGACGAUGAAAUUAGCUUUAAACCUCCAUUCCAUGUUGAUGAGGAUAUUUCAUUUAAUAUUACUGAAAGACCUUUGAAUAUUGAAGGAAGUGGCAGACAGAGAAAAAGUAAUGUAGAGUUGGAAGGUGUCUCAAAAGAAAUGGUUGUAACAAAGGAAGCUAGUAUGAAUUCCCAGGAAAAGCAUGUACAGAGUGUAGAAACUCCUGUUGUGGGCUUUAUUAGUAAUAUUGUAAACACAGUGAAUAAGGGUGUUGAAUUCUUCAAAGCUUUGGUUGGUAGCAGUAUAAAUGACAAAAUUUGUAAUCCUGGAGAUAAACAGACAAAAUUAAAGUGCAAAAACAUGUCCUCAAUGAAUACACUAAAGGAAACAUCUAGGAGUAAUAGGACUGAGGAUGAAUCUGGAAAGAAAAUUGCAAGUGGAAGAAAAAAGUGUAGGGAAAUGGAUAAACUUCUGAAGGAUGAAUGUAGGGAACUCCAGCAAAGAGGGCUAGGAGAGCUACGACAUUUAAAUAUUCCAGAAGCUAGAUUAACAAGGAGGUCUGUGGAAAGAUAUAUUCCAAAUAAAACAAAAAUUAAAAGAGCUUGUGGGUUUAAGCAUUACAGCAUUAGAAGCUCCCCAUACUUGAAUAGAAAUUUUGCAGAGAAAUCAACACAGGAAGCUUAUACUACUGAUUCCAAAAAGAGAACCAACGUACAUAGAAAUGAAACCACAGAUCUAUCUAAAGCAGACCCACAUUCAGGUAAAAAAGAUUAUGUGCCUAAAGUAGACUUCUGUAUUCCUUUGCUGGAAGUUAAGCCCAUAUCAAAAAAUGUUGACAAAAAAUUGUUUACAGAUAUUGCUCUCCCAGGUGGAAUGAAAAAUAUUUCUCCUGUGAAUGUUGACAUUUUAGAUGAUUGUAUAGAUGAAAAUGGGAAUUCUCCAACGUAUUCAGGUAUUAGUAUUGCUUUAGAUAAAGACAAGGACAUUAUUAAAGGUUUAAACUUAGAUACUGUCAGGGGCAGUGAAAUUUGCCAUUAUCUAAAGGAUACUGUAGGUCGUGAAAUUUGUAUGGAUAAGAAUAAAACUUUGCAAGUAGAUAAAAUAGACACACCAAAAUUAAAGGCACCAGCAUCAGAGACUAAUCGCAAUAGAUAUAAAGGUGCAAGAGAGUUACUCAAUUUGGCAAAUGAUGAGUGGAAGGAAAUUUCAAGAAAAGGAUUUCAUCCUCUCAAAAUUAUCAAACCUGCAUUAAUAAGGAAGGUACUGCAAGUAGAGGACAGAGAAAAGAGUCAGAAUUCACCAAGAUCUAAUAUGCCAAAAGAAUUGCAUAUGCUUGUCCAAAAGGAAUUUCAGACAGGAUAUCAUUCAACAUCUAUACAAGGAAGUUUUGAUAAAGAACUCCAAACUGACUAUAAUUGUGCUCUUAGUUCCUGCCAGUAUAUCCAUUCAUCUGAUGUGAAGGCUGGUAAUCUGUUCAGGAAACAAAAAAAGACUAAUGGUAGUAUGGGAGAAACAACAGAGGGACACAGUGUGUUAUUGACUGAUGUAUCAGAAACAGAAUAUAGGAAAUUCUUAUUGAGUAAUACAAAACCUCUAAGUACACACACUAAUGUUGCUUGGAAAUCUCUUGCACAGACUAAAGAAUCGGUUCCAUAUCAGUCAGAGCCUGUGGAUGAAAUGAACUUAGAAAGAAGUACAGAAUAUUUAGUAAAAAAAUCAAAGACCAAGCCUUAUCUUAGUAGAGAGCUUAGUAAUCUUGCAGGAGAUGAGUGGAAAGAGAUGCAGGGGAAGGGCUUCCAUCCAUCACAUCUUUUAGGGAUGUACAAUGGAAAAUUAGGAUGUGACUGUUUAACAGAUGAGGAAAACACUCCAAAAGUAAAAAGUCAGCACAUUGGAAAGGAAACAAAUAACAGCUCCCCAGAAUUUUCUGAUGAGAAACCAAAUCCUAAGCUAUCUCGUGAGCUUUUUCGUCUCUUAAGAGACGAAUGCAAGGAACUCCAGCCAGUCAAGUUACGUUUGCAGAAAUCGAAGCCACAUUCAAGAAAAAAAUUGCAACCUUUUGGUCUCAAGAGACUUCAGGAAGCAUACAAAAGUGCUGACAUAUCAACCAGAAGGCGGUCCUUGCUCCAGAAUAUUUCUAUAGGGUCUGCAUGCACGCCAAGGGUAGGUUGCCACAAAAUAGGAAAAAAAUCACUUGGAAUGACAGGUACAAAAACCCAACAGACUAGAAACACUCGCUCACAAACUAAUAUUUUAAGUAAUGUUGAAGCUUGUACUCCUCGGAGUUCACACAGAGAAAUUCUACAGACUGAGUUGGCCAUGUGUGUUUUGAAUUAUGAUCUUCCAGCCAUUCUUUGAUAUAUGUAUUAUAUCCUGUAUAUUUUUCUUUGAACAAUGAUUAUCAUUUUUUUAGUUUCCUGAUAAUGCUAUCAAAUAUUCAUUGCCUAUAUUUAUUUGCAGUUGAUACAAGUUUCCUAUGUCUCAGUUAUAUGCUAAUAUUGGAGAACAACAGGAGGAAAUAUUAGAAAAUGCAAUCAUUUGAAUAUCUUUUGUCUUUUUCGUGUCGUGGUUUUCACAGCAAAUUGCAAUUAUCUGGACAAGAGGAAGGAAUACUUAGUAUCAAGCUUUCUUUUUACUUCAUCGUCUUAUCUUCUCUUUUAAUUGUUUAUUUUAGCACUUCAUCAACCAGAUAUUCCUCUAUUCAGUAUUGAAUAUGCAUUCUGAAUUAAAUUAAUGUAAGCAGUAUUGGUUCAUGAAAUAUUGGUAUUAAGGAUUGCUUUUACUCGAAAUAUUACAUUAUAAAUGUAUAUUAUGAAAAUGUUUUCCAUGUAUAGCAUUUUUUGUAAUAAAAAUAAUUUUUUA